AGCGCAGGGGCUUCCGCCGCCCCCGCCGGGGCUGAGCGAUCGCAGCGGGGCCCGGGCCGGCGGGGCAGCGCCUUGGGCUGCUUUUUAUUAUUACUUUUGUAAUAGAUUUCCAUAUAUAUAUAUACAUAUAUUUUAUAAGGCGCGGAGCCGCGGGAGGGCCCGGUACCCGCCGGGGCCGGGGAUGGGCGCGGGGGGGGCGGUGGCCGCCUGACCCACUACGGACCAGUACGGACCAGUACGGACCAGCCCGGCCCGCCCAGCAUGGCCGCGGAGCUCAGUGCCGAGGAGGAGCAGGCAACCAAGCAGUUCCUGGAGGAGAUCAACAAGUGGACAGGCCAGUACAAUGUGUCCCCGCUCUCCUGGAAUGUGGCUGUCAAGUUCCUUAUGGCUCGCAAGUUCGAUGUCCUGCGAGCCAUCGAACUCUUUCACUCCUACCGGGAGACGCGGCUGAAGGAGGGCAUUGUGAAGCUGAAGCCACAUGAGGAGCCACUGCGCUCAGAGCUGCUCAGCGGGAAGUUCACCAUUCUGAGUGUGCGGGACCCCUCGGGAGCCUCCAUUGCCCUCUUCACAGCGAAGCUGCAUCACCCAAGCAAGAGCGUGCAGCAUGUGGUGCUCCAGGCUCUCUUCUACCUGCUGGACCGAGCGGUGGAGAGCUUUGAAACACAGAGGAACGGGUUGGUGUUCAUCUACGACAUGGCUGGCUCGCAAUACACCAACUUUGAGCUUGAGCUCAGCAAGAAGAUCCUCAACCUGCUGAAGGGUGCCUUCCCGGCUCGGCUUAAGAAGGUUUUCAUCGUGGGAGCGCCCAUGUGGUUCCGCGUGCCCUACUCCAUCAUCAGCCUGCUGCUGAAGGAGAAGCUGCGGGAGCGGGUGCAGAUGGUGAAGAUGUCGGAGCUGAAGGAGCACCUGCCCCGGGAGUGCCUUCCUGAGUACCUCGGGGGAUCCCUCAAGCUGGACCCUCUGAGCUGGAACUGCCGGUUCCUGCCCCAGCAGAAUGGGCACCCUGACCCCCUGGAUGAGCUCAUCCUGGUGCCGCUGGUGGCCCCCAAAGACAACGGCUCUGUCCACAUCCCUGGGCCCAAGUCCUUCACCCUGCAGGAGCUGCUGGAUCAUGUCAGCCAGAAGGAGAAACGGGGCAUCUAUGAGGAGUAUGAAGAUAUUCGUCGCAGAAGCCCAGCUGGUACUUUCAUCUGCUCCUUGGCACCCUACAACCAGGAGAAGAACCGGUAUGGAGACGUGCCCUGCCUGGACCAAACCCGUGUCAAGCUGGCAAAGCCGUACAGCCGCCCGGAGCUGACUGACUACAUCAACGCAAGCUUCAUGGACGGCUACAAGCAGAGGAACGCUUACAUUGGGACUCAGGGACCUCUGGAAAACACCUACGGUGACUUCUGGCGCAUGGUGUGGGAACAAAAUGUGCUGGUGAUCGUGAUGACGACCCGGCUGGAGGAGGGAGGCAGGAGAAAGUGCGGCCAGUACUGGCCCCUGGAGAAGGAUUUCCGGAUGUGCUUCGGGGCCCUGACCAUCACCAACCUGGGCGUGGAGAACCUCAACCAUUACAAGAAAACCAUCCUAGAGAUCCACAGCUCGGAGACCAGGGAACGACGGCUGGUGUCCCACUUCCAGUACCUGAGCUGGCCAGAUUACGGCGUCCCCUCCUCUGCAGCCACUCUCAUCGACUUUCUGGGGGCCGUGAAGCAGCAGCAGAGGGUAGCAGUCAGCGCCCUGGGACCUCGCUUCAAAGGUCACCCCGGGGGGCCCCCAGUCGUGGUGCACUGCAGCGCUGGCAUCGGCAGGACAGGUACCUUCUGUGCACUGGACAUCUGCCUGUCCCAGCUGCAGGACGUGGGCACCCUGAACAUCUACCAGACGGUCUUGCGCAUGCGGACCCAACGCGCCUUCAGCAUCCAGACCCCUGAGCAGUAUUACUUCUGUUACACUGCCAUCCUCGAGCAUGCCCAGCGCCAGGGCCUGCUGCUCACCAACCACAGCCGGGCCGGCCAGGAGAAGAGCUCACCAGGACACUGAGACCCGCCACCUCCCCGCAGAACCCCCUUUCCCAUCCUCCCAGGGCUGCCAGAGCCAUGCCUGCUGGGACUUGGCAGAGCUGUUGGUGCGGGAGCACAGAGGCGGCUGCCCGUCCUCAACUAUUAGCAGUGCUAUCGAACUGUGCCUUAUUCAAACCAAACGAUGGCUGCCGCUCACUGCGGUGGAGGACAGCGCAGGAAGAGGCUCGCGCUCCUCGCCGUGGUAUUUCUGUUGGGGGUUUGGUUGUUCGGGGAGGUGGUUUUCGUUCUCUUUGAGCUGUUUUUUUGUUGUUUUAUGUUUUUUUGUUGGGACCAUCUAAAAAAAUGUGUCUGGAGAAGGGGGUUGGUAAAGCCCUAGGAAAUGUGUUUCCAGCCCUGCCCUGGCCUGGGGCUUAGGAAGAGGCGCCUACUUCAGUCUUACCUGCCGCUAAGUCUGUGUGUCAGUAUGUAUGUGUGUAUAUAAUAUAUCCUCACUGUGCCCA